AUGCGGCAACUGCUCAUGAACUUUCUGGCAACCGUUGCCAAUCUAUGUGCUUUGGGCGUCCUUCGAAAUCCCAACGAUGUCGCUCUCCCUCUCAGUCCAGUGUCCGAAUCCGCUCAGGCUCAUCUGAGCCAGCCCGGCGCGCUCAUGCGAAACACCACACGAAGUAAUGAUCACGAGGUGCUCAUACUUGGUGGCGGGAUCUCAGGCGUCAUGGCUGCUCAUGCUCUCCAUCGGCGCGGGAUACGAAAUAUCCGCAUCAUCGAGGCGCGAGACGAAUUGGGCGGUAGAUUGAAGAGCUUUGAUUUCGGUGUUCCCGGUCGGCGCUUCACCCUUGAACUCGGAGCGGACUGGAUCCACGGAACGCAGUCAGGAGAUGGUCCCGCUAACCCCAUAUACGAACUCGCCUUGAAGCAUGGGUUGGAUACGCGCCCGAAUGACUACCGCGGUAGCAUCAGUACCUUCGACUAUUCUGGUUCAGUAGACUAUCUCGACACAUUCUACAAGUCGGUCGACGAUUUCGUCAACCUCACAAUAGCUGCAGGAAAGCGCGUCCCUCGCGGCUUAGUGGAUGCUACUGCCCGUCACGGCUACUCCGUGGUUGGAGCCAAACCGCGAACUCCGCAUGAGAUUGCUUCCGAGUACUACCAAUUUGACUGGGAGCUCGGACAGACACCUGAACAAAGCAGCUGGAUUGGUUCUGCUUGGGCUGCCAACUUCACGUUCGACGUGGAUCAUGGCGGGUUCUCGACGACUAACCUACUGACCAUCGACCAGCGCGGGUUCGCGCGCCUCGUUCAAGAGGAGGCCGCGGGGUUCAUACAAGAGAACCAGGUCCUGCUCAACGCUACCGUGACGGACGUCGAGCAUUCGCUCGACGGCGUCACGGUAGCGCUGGCGGACGGGCGACGCUUGAGCGCCGACUACGCGCUCGUGACGUUCAGCCUCGGUGUGUUGCAGAACGAUGAUGUCCGUUUUGUGCCGCCGCUACCUGACUGGAAGGUGGAGGCGAUUCAUGGCAUGACCAUGGGGACUUACACCAAGAUUUACCUGCAGUUUCCGAAGAAGUUCUGGUUCGAUACUGAGUUCGCCCUCUACGCCGAUCGUGAACGAGGCCGUUAUCCUGUGUGGCAAAGUCUCGACCUCGAAGGAUUCUUCCCCGGUUCCGGCAUUUUAUUUGCAACUGUGACAGGCGAUUACUCGAUGCGGAUCGAGGCACUACCGGACGAUCAGGUCAAGGAAGAAGUUAUUUCUGUUCUCCGCGCGAUGUAUCCUGACAUAGAGAUUCCCGAUCCCGACGACUUUUACUUUCCUCGUUGGCAUAGCGAUCCUCUUUACCGCGGGAGUUAUAGCAAUUGGCCCGCGGCGCUGGUGCUUGCUCACCACGCGAACCUCCGCGCUCCGGUUCAAGAGAGCUUGUGGUUCGCGGGUGAAGCAACGAGCUUGAAGUACUUUGGUUACCUUCACGGAGCAUACAUCGAGGGUCAGAAGAUGGGAGAGCGUAUCGCAAGUUGCAUCGCGGCGCGCGAGCACCGUCAGACCCUCCCUCAUUAUGACGAAGUUCUCAAUGCCGCCCCUUAUGACCUUUCUGACCUCGACUAG